CUCUCUCUCUCUCUCUGCCUCUCCCCUCUCUCGUACUCCUCUCUCUCUCUCCCUCCUCCCUCUCUCUCGUUCACACACUCGCAGUGCGAUUCUAGGGUUUGGUCGAUAGGGUCGAGGAGGGUGGGGAUCGGAGAUCCGGAGGGGAUCGAGCUGCUUCGUCGUUGCGGGAGGUCCCGUUGGAGCCCGAUUUCGCCGUACUCGGUUGGGGUUUCCGCCUCGAUUGCUCCGGACUAGGGUUCUCUCCGCCGCCCCUGGGGAUCCGAUCCGGUGUGGGUGCAAUAGAUUGGAAAGCUGUAAUGCCCCUGCGAAGUGCUUGUGGCUGGUAGUUGGUAAACAACAGUGUCCAUUGUUUUGCCAUAAGCAAUGAGCUCGGCGGGGGUAUAUUGCUAUUUUGCCGACCAUCCUUGCUUUUGAUUCUUCAGAAGGAUUGAGGUGCAUACAAAGCUUUACACAAUUGGGGAGCCAGUAUUGGUUGCGGUAUUUGUGGGCCCAUUCUGGUAUCCAUGCUAGCACAGAGCAUGCGUGGAAUCGGUUCUUUGGGUAAUGCCCCUGACCAGAUUAGUUGCCGAUGCGUUCGGCCUUGCCACCGUUACUCUCGGCGUUCUCUUCAUCAUUCUCAGCCUACUAUGCAUCUUCCAGUGUGGCUACUUCCACAUAAGGAUCCAAAGAGGGGCCCUUCUCCAGCUCGGUUAUUUUAAUGGGCCUUGGGUCACCCGCAUUGCCCUAAUUUUAAUCGCAAUCUGGUGGACUUUGGGGGAGGCUGUUAGGCUUACUUUCCUCAAAAAGAGGCUCUUUUCUAGCUUACUAUGGCAGAAGGAUGUCUGCAAGGCCUACAUUAUAUCCAAUCUAGGGUUUGCGGAGCCCUGCAUCUUUCUGUCACUAGGGUUUCUUCUCCAUGCUUCGUUACAGAAGAGGGAAUCGGGCACUCUAAGCCCCCGAUGGAACAAAAGAACCAUCGGUUACACCUUGCUGUUCGGCGUUCCGGUCCUAGUCAUUCAAACUCUCAUUGUUUUUUUCGGGCCCACAUUCAUUAACAAGGAGAACAGUGAAGGGAGAACGAAAAUGGCCAAGUACUUCACAAGAUCAUAUUUUCUGGGGCAAGACGAUAUUAUUUGCACUUAUCCGUUGCUCAGCACUAUCUUGCUAGGGCUUUUCUACACUCUCUUAAUCAGCUAUGUGGCUUGCGUUGGAUCGCGGAUGUUGUACUUUGUCAUCAACAAGGGUUUGAGAAGAAGGGUCUACUGGCUAAUCUCGUCGGUGCUCCUCCUCCCUUCGUUCCGCGUCCUCUUGCUAGGGUUUUCUGUUUUACCCCGACCGGGCAAUGUGUCUUAUGAGACUAUCGUCUUCCUCGCCUUUAUUCUAAUGCUAUCUUGCAUGGUGGUCGGAAUCGUAUUCUUGGUGUACUACCCUGUUGCUGAUUCCUUGGCAUUACGGGACCUCGGGCAUAAUCGAGAAAUGGCCGAUCUAGUGCCCUACGAUGACUAUUACUACGAUGGUGUAUCACUAAUCGCCAACCAAGGCAACCGCGAUGACGCGAGAAACUCAGAUGCUUCCGCAAAGCGUGGCUCGAUAUCAUUCCGGUCCAUGAUCAGGGACGAGGCCGCCGGCGCAGAUACCGAGGACGCGGGCUUCCCCCGCGGCGUUGGGGCCCUUCGCAUCGGCUCGCCCCCCUCCGGUUCUUCGCCCUCGGCUUCCAAGCCCAUGCUCCCUCUUAGAGAAGUUCCUAGAUACUAAGAAAAGGAAAAAAGAAUCGCCUGUGUUUUUGCCCUCCUUUUUUAAAAGUUUAGCUUCUCUCUGUCUUAAUUUUUUUUUCCUUUUUUUUUUUUUGUUUUCCUUUUCUCUAAUUAAUGAUAACAGUUUUGUGGUAAUUAAAAGGUUUUGUGUAAAGCUUCUCUUUUUAAGCAUCGUAUCGAUUAUUAUCUUUUCGAAUAAGUUUAAGUCUUUUUGAGGUUAAAAUACAUGGGAGAAUUGGAGAUCCUCUGAAUA